AAUCAAGGUAAGCACGAUCCCAGAAAACUCCAACAAAGCAGAACGUGCACACACAUGGAUCCCCUUUUUGCCUCCUACCAGUGUGUGCUCGCGUGCUUGCUUGGUUCUAGAUCCAGAUCACACUUGCUCACAGGGAACAGCUGCAGCAAUAUCAUAAGGAUUGGAUAAUCGCAAGCUGCAUCCAGGUCGCAGCUGCCACCCCUCACCAGCACUCUCCUCAGCUGCCGAGCAGCUCCAGAGUUUAGCAAGUACCAGUGGUUGGCACGUCGCAGUUGACACACAGGUGGGUGGCACUGCUUCUUCCACGGCUCCCUCCCAGGAAAUGGCGCGCGCGUCCGUCAUGGCGCUGCUCGCCGUCUCGGCCCUCCUCGUAUCGGCGGCGACGGCACAGACCUGCGACGACGAGCUGCCGGCCCAGCUCGCCGGCAACUACUCGGGGCUCGCCUGCCGCCCCGUCUGGAACAACUUCGUGCUCCGGUACGCGCAGGACAAGAACAACGUGCUGCGGGUGGUGCUAUCGACGAUGUACAGCACAGGGUGGGUGGGGAUGGGGUUCUCCAAGGACGGUCUCAUGGUGGGCUCGAGCGCCAUGGUGGGGUGGAUGGGCAAGACGGGCGUCGCGCACAUCAAGCAGUUCUCCCUACGCGGCAAGGCCCCCUCGCAGGUGGUCGUGGAUCAGGGGUUCCUAGUCUCCAACGACCACGACCACACCGUGCUCGUGCAGCAGGCCAAGAUCUACCUCGCCUUCGAGCUCAGGUUCACCGAGCCGCUCAAGCAGCAGAACGUGCUCCUCGCGUUCGGUUCCGCCAUCCCCGUCAACGAUCGCCUCUCCGAGCACGAGGACAAGACCUCCAUCAAAUUUGAUUUCACCACAGGAAGCUCUUCAACCUCAUCAUCCUUCCCGGAAGGUCUGAAGAGGACUCAUGGGAUACUCAACUUGUUUGCGUGGGGUGUGCUCCUGCCAAUCGGCGCAAUUGUCGCAAGGUACUGCAGGAGAUGGGACCCUCUGUGGUUCUACCUCCAUGCCGGUGUCCAGUUUGUGGGUUUCAUCCUUGGUCUGGCCGGCAUUGUGGUUGGAGUAUCAUUGUACAGCCGGAUCCAAGCAAACGUUCCGGCGCAUAGGGGCCUCGGCAUAUUUGUGCUUGUGCUAGGCAUCUUGCAGAUUCUAGCAUUUUUCCUAAGGCCAAAGAAGGACUCCAAGUACCGCAAGUUCUGGAACUGGUACCACCAUUGGGUCGGCAGGCUUGCGCUCUUCUUCGCGGCAAUCAACAUUGUUCUCGGAAUCAAGGUCGGAGGCGCCGGUAACUCCUGGAAGAUCGGAUACGGUUUCAACUUGGCCAUCCUUCUGAUCACCAUCAUCACCCUGGAAGUCCUGCUGUGGACAAGAUGGAAAAACAGCAGCAAUUCGUCCACGACAUAUUAACGAUGAUGAAUUUAGGUUCAUGUGGUGGUAACUGAAGGAGGUUCAUAUUCUUUCAAGAUUCUUGCUGUGUUUUGCUGUUGCUGUAAUGUUCCUACGUGCUACAGGAUCUUUUAUACUAGCAAAGAUCUGGAAGACUAGUAGCCUAUGCAUGAUGGGUUGUGGUGUGCAAAUGCAUGAUACGAUCUGCGGAGGCGUGUGUGUUCAGACUUGCUUUUCCGGUGCCUUUUGGAUUGUUCAGAAUGGAAUGAUUAUUUGUGCAUUUCCCUU